GUCAAAAACUACUGAAAAACACAACAAACUAACGACCAGCAGCUUCGAAUCUAAACAUAGUUCUGUAAAAUCUUAUUUAAAAUUUCAUUUGUAACAAACGUCCAACACGAUUCUAAAUUACAAUGAGUGAUGAUUCGGUUGCAUAUUCCAUAAAACAUAAUUCGAGCGAAGUGAUGCUCAGUGAAAAUGCAGAUGAUCGUCGGAGUACAAGUCAGUAUGAAAUUAAACCUAGUCAGACGGAGGGAUUCAAGCAACAAGCAGUUAAGGAGAUCAUUUCCAAUGUCCUCAUAGAAGUAUUAGAUGGUAAACAAUAUCAAAGUACCCAAAUAGCAGAAUGGACUAGCAAAAUUUCGGAUACCAUUAGCGCACAAUUGAAAGAGCUGAAUAUGAGGCGAUAUAAGCAUAUAGUACAAGUUGUAAUUUUGCAGCAAACCGGGGCUGGUUGCAAGUAUAUUGCCCGAUGUCGAUGGGAUGCUGAAUGUGAUGUGCAAGUAUCAAAUUAUUUCACAAAUGAGAGUAUGGCGUGUAUAGUAACAGUUUUUGGAGUUUUUAUGUACUGAAGGACUCUGCCUCGGGUGUAUGAAGUGGACGAAAUUUUAUGUACGAGUAAACCCACCUGCCUUGAUGAAAUUCACUACACAAUUUGCAUUUGGCUCAUGUAUUCUAAUUCGCCUUAUUUAUUUUAGCCUAAUACAAUGGUUGUGUACACAAUUGUAACAAAUAAAAACCGGAAUUAGUUAACCACGGCGUCGACUCGAUUUUU